AUGAAAAAUCUUCAGUUUACGCUGUUCUUAGUCAUAUAUUUGACUAUUUUCGAAAAAUUUCUCUGCGAGGCAAGAGUUUGGAGGCCGCCACCACCACCAGGACGAAAUCCCUUUGAUUUCAACCCCUCACCAUUCAAUCCAAGCAAAGGCUAACUAAGGACUAAUAAUAAUAAAAUAAUGGAAGAAAAAUAAAACCAGUUUUUUAUUACAA